UCGCGCAUGCGGGGUCCGAUCGGGUAGCUCGAUUUUGCAUUGCUUCCCGGAUUUGAGCGUGACUUUCAAUCCGUUGCUGUCGUAAGUUGACUAUCCGAGUAGCGGUACAUAGGAACUUUAAAAUGUUAAGUUUUUCCAACAAAAUAAAGUUCUACUCGCUGGCGUUCACGGUCGCGCGCAUGUGCAGCAGCGGCCCCGGAGCUGCUAACAAAAACCCGACGGUUUACUUUGACAUUGCUGCAGGCAGCGAGCCGCUGGGGAGAGUAACCUUUGAGCUGAGCGCCGACGUAGUGCCCAAAACAGCAGAAAAUUUCCGAGCACUCUGCACGGGGGAGCAUGGCUUUGGCUACAAGGGCUCAAUCUUCCACAGGGUGAUCCCUAAGUUCAUGUGUCAGGGAGGGGAUUUCACCAACCAUAAUGGAACAGGAGGGAAGUCUAUCUAUGGGUUGAAGUUUCCUGAUGAGAACUUUGUCUUGAAGCACACUGGACCAGGCAUCUUAUCUAUGGCCAACGCCGGGCCGAACACCAAUGGAUCCCAGUUCUUCAUCUGCACCUCUAAAACAGAGUGGCUGGAUGGCAGGCACGUCGUCUUCGGCAGAGUGAAAGACGGAAUGAGCGUCGUAAAAAAAGUGGAAUCUUUCGGGUCACAGUCCGGCAGAACCUCCCAAAAAAUCACCAUCACAGAUUGUGGAGAGCUGUAGAUGGCUGAGUCAGCAGGACACGCAUCUGAUAAAGUUACGGCCGUCUGUCGUAGCACAAAGUGCAGCACAUCUGGCAUAAAACUGCAUAGCAUUUGUUUUUGUUGGUACUGGGUCUCAGGUUGAAAUGGACAAAGUGUCAUGUUUGAAACUGUGAAUUUUUAGGAUAAUUAAAGUGGUUUUAAUAUAACAGAUUUAAGGGGAAAUUAAUUUUCUGUGUACCUUCUCCUCAUUUGUAUUUGUAAAUUUACCAUCAUAAUAGUAAUAAUGAUGCUUCAAGGGUCCGAGUUGAAAAACUGACAAUAAAAGUACCUUUUUUUUUUUU